AUGACGACCUUGUCGGCCGACCGCAAGGCUGAGGUCGACUUGACUCCGAUGUGCCAGAUGUUUGCCGACUUUACGGACCAAUUCAACGCAGCCGAUGCCGUGACGCGAGCGGCUUUGGCGCGUCAGGACGUUGCAGCUCGAGACGUGCGCGCCGAGUUUCUUGAUCGCUUGGACGAUCUGUCCGGCGAGCUCUUGGCCGCGCGUCGUGCGACAGCGACAACGAUUCUCGAGUCCAAGCGCCAUGUCAUCCCGACGUCGUUCAUCAUUUCCGAGCACCGCAUCGACCCCGACAAUCCCGUGCUUCAAGAGCCGUCGCAGAAGUUCCUGGCCGGCAAAAGCGGCGGGUUUCUCUACAUUGUCGACGAGCGAACGGGCUUGCCUGUGCUCACGGACUCCGAGAUUUACCCGAUGUCGCUCCCGUCGCGUUCCGAGGAGCGCCUCAAACUCAUCUGCAGCCUUCUGGUUCCGUGCGAGUACGGCGUCAAGUUCAUGAAGGCGGCCAAAACGGUGGCGGACGUGGUGCCAGUGCCUGGUCUUUUACUGGCGGUUCCCAUCAUGGAGAAAGUGCUCAGUGGCCUCAAGAUGGCAGUGAAGGGAUUGAGCUUGGCCAAGGAGGCUCUCAGUACGACUUUGGUCGAAUUUGUGCGAAAGGGAGACCCCAAAGGCAACUUUCACGGCGUCGUGCAGCACGCGCGCGACGACGGCUCAGUCUUUUGGGCGCGUCCACUCGACGUCCAAGCGACGCCCACCGCCAAUGGGACCGCAACGACCAACGAGCCUGCGACCACCAACGACGCUGCGACUACCAACGAGCCCACGGCGCCCGGCCCCAACGACGUUUGAGUUCUUGUUCCCACGAAGCCGCUUUCGGAAAUGCUAGUUGGCGUGCAUAAUCAACUGCUAAUGCAAUACAUGUUUUCAUCAAA